ACUGCGUUGGAUUUGCUAUUUGACAGAGUCGUGAUCAUCCGGUGGAGCCGUGGGUGGAAAGCCUCCCCUAUUUACCUUCCAUUUCGCCGAGCUCAUUGUCGUGUCGCCUUACCGAGUGGCUACACCGACGACUGCUGCUCGCCUCUGCGGGGGGUAACGUUUGCUAACGUCACCGGUUUUGUCGCCGUGUGUGGAAGGAAAAACUGCUCGGACGCCGGGGACGUCCCCCGUUUGCUUGAGUAAGUAACCGAACAAGCUAAGCUAAGAGCAGCGGGACGUGACGGGUGGAUUUUCACUAUUUCGGCCCGGCGGGGGGAAGUGGAUAUAAAUAACGUCUGAUGAGUGCGUUGUGGAACAAUGACACUCGCAGUGAGCCGAUCUGACGGCGGCGGGGAGCAGACGUGUCGGUGGAAGCGCGUCGGCUGAGCGUAUGACGCUAAGCUAGUCGGUUGAGCUAAUUUGAUCAAGGAAGUUGACUAGCACCUUGCUAACGAGGCGACACAUGUAUCACCGGAACAAAGGUCGUUUUAAAAGUCUGAGUUGAUACAAUUAAAGAGUCGCUGAACUGGCAGGUGAUGGCAUUUUUUAAGGCUGAAGUUUUGAAAGUGAAAUAUCGCGUGUGUGUUUUUUUUUAACCGUCACGCGAGCUAACGUCAGCUGGUUCGCCGCUAGCUUGUGAGUCGCUGCUUUCUUGUAAACAAAGGGUCUCGAGCUCCACCUGUUCCCCUUUGACCUUUUUGGUUUCACGGACGGUAUUGCACCCCUCCCUCCCCUUUUUUAAAAACUAAACGAGGAAGCUCAAACACCCUCCGCAAUGGAUUUAAAGACUGCCGUAUUCAACGCAGCCAGGGACGGGAAGCUCCGCUUGCUCCAAAAACUACUGGAGAACAAAGAUGGACACGAGGUGACCAAGCUGACGGGCGACAAGACGAACGGCGCCACGCCGCUCCUGAUGGCCUCCCGGUACGGCCACCUGGACCUGGUGGAGUAUCUGCUGGAGUGCUGCAGCGCUCCAGUGGAGGUCGGCGGCUCGGUGAACUUUGACGGGGAGACCAUCGAGGGGGCGCCCCCUCUCUGGGCCGCCUCGGCGGCGGGACACCUGAAGGUGGUCCAGUCCCUGCUGGGCCACGGGGCGUCCGUGAAUAGCACCACCCUCACCAACUCCACCCCUCUGAGGGCGGCCUGCUUCGACGGCCACCUCGACAUCGUGAGAUACCUGGUGGAGCACAAAGCGGACCUGGAGGUUGCCAACAGACACGGACACACGUGUCUCAUGAUCUCCUGCUACAAGGGACACAAGGAGAUCGCGCAGUACCUGCUGGAGAGAGGCGCGGAUGUCAACCGGAAAAGUGUCAAAGGCAACACGGCGCUUCACGACUGCGCGGAGUCGGGCAGUCUUGAGAUCAUGCGGAUGCUGCUGCAGUUUGGAGCGUCCAUGGAGCAGGACGGCUACGGCAUGACCCCGCUGCUGUCCGCCAGCGUCACGGGCCACACAAACAUCGUAGACGACCUUACGACGCACCAGCAGACAAGCCACAAAGCGCGCAUAGACGCACUGGAGCUCCUGGGAGCCACAUUUGUCGACAAGAAGAGAGAUCUGCUCGGAGCGUUAAAAUACUGGAAGAGAGCCAUGGACCUCCGGUACAUGGACAGCAACCACGUCGUCCAUAAAGCAGAAGCCAAGCAGCUGAUCAUGGCAUACGACUACGCCAGAGAGGUAACAAACGGAGAAGAGCUGGACGGGCUGAUAUCCGACCCGGAUGAGAUGCGCAUGCAGGCUCUGCUCAUCCGGGAGAGAAUCCUUGGCCCACAGCACCCGGACACGUCGUACUACAUCCGUUACCGAGGGGCCGUCUACGCCGACUCGGGGAACUUUGAGCGCUGUAUCAAUUUGUGGAAGUAUGCCUUGGACAUGCAGCAAAGCAACCUGGACCCCCUCAGCCCCAUGACUGCCUCCAGCCUGCUGUCAUUCGCCGAGCUCUUCUCCUUCAUGCUGCAGGACCGAGCCAAAGGGCUCCUGGGGACGUCUGUGUCAUUCGAGGACUUGAUGGGGAUCCUUUCCAAAAGCGUGCUGGAGAUUGAGCGCGCAGUUACACAAACUGGGCCGAUGCCUCCGGACCCUGCGCAGCUCAGCAAGGCCCUGUCAAUCAUCCUGCACCUCAUUUGUCUUUUGGAGAAGGUGCCCUGUACUGCAGAGCAGGACCACUUCAAAAAGGAAACCAUCUAUAAAUUCCUGAAGCUGCAGCCCUGCGGUAAAAACGGCUACAGUCCACUACACCUGGCGGUCGACCGCAACACUACCUGUGUGGGCCGCUAUCCCGUCUGCAAGUUCCCCUCCCUCACCGUGGCCUCCAUCCUCCUCGAGUGUGGGGCCGAUGUGAACAGCCGUGAUGAAGAUGACAACAGCCCCCUUCACAUAGCCGCAUCCAACGGUCACCCCGACAUCAUGAACCUGCUGAUAUCGUGCGGGACUCACUUCGACUGCACCAACGCCUUCCAACAAACGGCCUACGAUAUCCUGCACGAGAAGGAGCUGUCCAGGAACGUAAUCCAGCCCAUAAACCACACCACGCUGCAGUGCCUCGCCGCCAGGGCCAUCGUCAAGCACAGCCUGGCUUACCGGGGGAACAUCCCUGAGAAACUAGAGGCCUUUGUUUUGCUCCACAGAUAAUGAAUACAGGGUGAUGGAUGUUUGAAAAGAGGAUUGUGUGUGGGAGGGGAAGGAGGGGGUCACAUCAAGUGGAUUAGACAGAGGAGGGUGAGGAGAAUUAUGACGUUUGCAAACUAUUCGGAGUUGGAACUUGACUAUUUUGGUGAACAAAAAUAUCCUCAGUCAAAUGGAAGGAAGUGAGUGGAGCAAUGGGUCACCGCUCCAUGGAGCCAACGCUCCGACCGCUGGCAGCCUGAACUGUGGGGACGUGUCUCUGAUGCAACGUGGACAAAUGCAGUUGUAUUUUUCUUUGGCAUAUUCCACAAUACUAUUUAUUGAAUGACACUUGAGAGAUUUUUCUCCAUGCUGGCUCCACCCCAAGUCUCAACUUUGCCUGCGUCUCUUCUCAAAGCAAGCAUUUGAGGCGUUUCUACACAUGCUGGGACUUUU